UCUGGGUUAGGGAUAGGAAGGAAAUUCCCAGGUGAAAACACACCCACCCGGGCAUCGCGAUGCGGAGGAGGCCCGUCGUCUGAAGAGGCGAGAAGGGGUCCAGCAGAGGCUUCUUUAAGCGCUUCCUAGUUCUGCAGCUUCUCAGUGACAAAUCUGGGGAGGGGACUACAGCGCAAGGGGAAAAAAGAGGCUUUUUUUUUUUUACAAAGUGGGGGAGGGCCCGUCGAGAGGAGGGAGCGUGGCGCCGAUCCAAGGUGAUUUCCCGUAAACCACAUGUUCCGGAGGGAGCCCUUUAUAAGGCCGACGAGUCAGGCAGGCGGCACUGAGCGGACGGAGGCAGCAUUUCCUGGGCUUCGCGCGAACUGAAAGCACACAGUCCCAGCCCCCUUCGCCGGCCGCUGCUGCAAACGGGAUUAGCCUGCAAGAGGGAAAGAAGGCGCGCCCGCCGACGCUGCUUUCUCGCCAACCCGGAUCUUAAGGCGGCGGAUUGGGGCGUUUUCGGAGCGGGCUGCGUGCAGGGCCAAGAAAAAGAUGAUCUCCCACAUUGCAGCGGCCUUUCUCCUCCUUGUGGCCUUCGCUAUCCAUGGAACAGAGCAGAAGAACAGAGGUUGCAGCCGCUUAAUCCAUGAUGUUCACCUGAAUCGCCUGCUGGACCUGGUUGAUAGUCAGAUGAUGAAGCCCUCUUGUGAGCUGUCCUUUGAGUAUGUGGAUGAGAGAGAGCUGGAUGACCCCAAAUGCUUUCUCAGAGCAGCAUACUCUCCUCUAAGAAACAUCCUUGAAAGUAUUGAAUUCAAGCAAAAUACUCCGAACUCUGACACAAUGAAGGAGGUAAAGGACUGGCACAUAGAAGUUGGAGACUGCAUGGAAAUUAAUAGCAGCGAUGAAGAAGAGAGCAAGCACUGCACCAGGCCAUUCUCCCGGACUGCAAGGCAGAUGCUGAAGCUGGUGCAUGAGUACUUCAGCAAAGCUAAGGAAAUCUUGUCCAAAGGAAAUUUCAGCCAUGAUUGCAGCAGAGUCUUUGAGAAAUGUUCUGACUCAAAAGGUGUGGUGACUGACCAGGACUGCCCGUGUCCAGCCACAAGCCCCAUGAGUGGCAGAGGCUCAGCUUCUCUCCUUCCAACCUUUGAGCCUUCCUCUUCCAUUGCAGACCAGCUGGACAGCAAAGAGGCAGCUGCCAGCACUCUCCAGCUCUUUAUGCAGCCUGGCACCAUGCAGACUCAAGGCGGGUCACAGGGUAGCACCAGGCCCAGGAUGCCUAGGAGCACCCAAAGGGGCCAAGGAGCUCCAGUGCCCACGGAUUUCGUAGCUAGCACUGAGGCUGUCAUGUCCUCACUGCCAGAAGAACUAGCGUUGGCAGCUGUGUCCCAGGGACUUGACCCUCCGUCCACAAACAUUGCAUCCUUCCUGGACUCAGCCGUAACCCUUGAUUCCUGGUCCCCCAGGCUCAAAAACAUUUCUCCCCUUCCUUCUAGCCAACAAAGCAUUGAACCUAUGGGGACAGGGUCUCCUCUCCCUGGUUCUGGGGCUGGCAGCAGCCAUGAAUUCCCUUCCCAUUCUUCCCCUUUCUCUGGCUCAACCAAACCCUACCUCAGAAAGCAGUGGCUUCAAUCAACUGAAAUGGAUGUAUCUGGUUGGGCUAUGACUGACACAAGCAGCGCACCUGGCCUAACUUUGGCGUCUCUUGCCAGUUUGGACUCUGCAGAGAGUGCAGGGGUGCCCUCCAGUGGCAGUGGGGCAGCCCUCUCACCCAGUGACCCCACACUCUUCCCUGUCUCUGAGGAUCCUGUCUCUGCUGCACAACAGCUUUCUAGAUUGGUGGUGACAACAAACAGUCCAUCAUCUCACAGGCAGGUACCCCCAGAAAGCUACUCCUGGGGGGCGGAGGGAAGCCGAGGUAGAGCCCCAGGAGUACUGCACAGCACCCAGCUCCGAGAGAGACGAGCGGAACAAGAAGAGGGCCCAGCCAAGGGCAGGGAGCCGGAGGAUAGCAUGCCAGGUCCCAGCCCUGAUCUGAGCUUCAUUCCUCCGAACACAGACAAGCACAGCGAGAAGCCAGAAGCCAGAAAUACCCAAGGAAUGGCUGUGACUUAUGUGGUGGUACCCAGUGUCCUGGGAAUCCUGUUGGCUGUGGGUGGCCUGCUCUUCUACUUCCAUAAAUCCAGGAUGCUAGCCAGGAGGCGACUGCAGAGAAAUGAGAGAAACAUGGAAAGACAAGAAGGAAGGCCACUGAAUAGAAGGGAGGGAGAUGUGGAAUUGCAGAUACAGGAGGAGGAACUAUGAGCUGGACCCCUUUCCCUCUGGGAUGACAAGCCACGUGGGGACUGGGCAGUAAGCCCCUCUUUUUUAAAAGGACAGCCCUCUUGUUACUACUGGGAGAAAUUAACACAAACUGGACUCUGGGAACUGAAUCAAUUGCAGUCCCUUCUCACGAAGAGUGUUUUCUCUUCCCAGACAUGUUUUAAUUUUUUUGCGACGGAAAGGGAAUUCAUCGGGAAAUGGACGCUAUAUUUAUUCCUGUCAUUCAAGGUUGGCUUUCACACUUAACUGCAAGCUGCCCUCUUUCUGCCAGUCAGACAACAAGCUGGAGCUUGGUGGGAAGGAUGGAAACUGUUUGGAAGCUGACUUUGGACUUCAAAAGGCCUCUUCUGAUGGUGAGAGAGGGAGUUUCUAAGAACCACUGUGCCCUACUGCCUUCCAGAGUGGAAAGGGUGACAUCCUCUCCAGAGAUGGAUGUUGAGUCUGCCGUUUGAACAGCUAUGUAUCUGGGAAAGAAGACUCUCUUCCAGGGCUUCCAGCUCCUUUGGAGAAGAGAUAGGAUCUUGAGACUUAUAUCUAUAUAUUUUCCUAGGCAUAACUCCCCAUAGAUAUGAAUAAUGGCACGUUCUGUAGAGAGAAUGGGCACUCUCUCCCCACCUGCCUUUAAGCCAUGUGUAUAAUGUAGCCCAAGGAAGGACAUCCAUUUUCCCUCCUCCCCUGCAAAACAUCCUCCAUUUUUAACUCCCCAAAUAGCCUAAUGCAUUAAUCUGAGAGUUUGCUAUCCCAGUGGCCUUCUAUGUCUUCACUCCAGGGGACCCCCUUUUAUUAAUCCCAAUCUACAAAAUGGGACCCGCUUUUAACUUUUUAACUUUUUACCAGGACUAGCAGGGGUCACUUAAUAAAAUUAGAUUUUAGUUGCACUUUCGGGCAGACUAGUUAAGGAAUACAGCACAGUCUUAUGAUGACGACUCCUAGCUUAAGAUGGCUUUUUAAAAAAUGGGGUUAGAUAAAUGUAGCACCAAGCAACUGUCCCAUCAGUGGAAAGAUUUCUGCUUGUGCAAUGGCACCCCCCCAAAAAAAUCUGUUUUGGGGAUCUCCCAACUCUCCAGUGCAGAAUAAGGGAGAGAAGGGUGGGUAGUUAAUUGCACAAAUAGAAAUCCUUGUUCUGUUGGGAUUCUGCCCCAUCUCUGUUCUAGCAGGGCUUUAUGAAUGGAUCUCUCUGUCUUUAUCAGAUAAGCAGAGCCCUGCUGGAUCAGACCCGAGAAGACAACCAGAUGCCCACGGGAAGCUGGCAAGUAGGCUGUGAGCAGAGUAGUCCUUUCCUGCUGCUACCCAGCAUCUGGCAUAGUGCCUCUGUUACUGGGGGUGAUAUAUAACCACAACCUUUAUCUGCCUGGAAAAAGUGAUGUGUUUAUAUCACUGAUGCAACCCAUCAACUGAAAUCCAGUGCGUUACACACUCGGGUAAUAUUGUCAGAAAAUGUAGAAUAUAGCACUACUCCCAGUUCCCCAUACCCCACCUGCAUUGUGUCUUGACCCAGAGAGGAAGUGAUGCCUUGUAAGUCAGGACAUGAGCAGAUCUGGCACUGAAGUGGCUGCAGCUGUAACUAUAUCCAUAGGAGAGAUGCAGCCUCUUCCAGCUGUGUUUAGAUUAUCCACUUCCCAGAGCCUGCUGAACAAUGCAAGGCACUGCAGGGAAGUUCAGCAGUACAGAAGUUAAAUAUAUUGGCCCUGUUCAGUUACCCGCCUCCCCAUUAAGGUGAGCUUGGCCCUUGGAAUUGCCAAAGCUAUGCCAUUUUACAGAGAUUGAUUCCCUCCCCCCCCCCGCACCCUUGAUCUCUUGUACCAAUGGAAGGAAAGUGUUAAGACCCACCCCUCUCAUCUUCCACAAAUUAAUUUAGGAAACUUGGGGGCUUUGGUAAUCUGUGCUCCCAUGCCUACAUUUUCCAAGUUAAAGCAGAAUGGUGGGGGGAACUUGCAGGGAAACAUUGGAAAGUUGGGGUGUACAUAACAACAACAUAAACUUGCUGUUUCUCCUCCAGAUGCCCCUGCGAGCUCUAUUCCUCCCUGCUGGGUUUACUUAGAAUUUGAGAAGAUGGGUGGCGGGCAAGGGUUAAGUUGUUGUUGUUGUUUUAACGGAGUGAAGGCAUUUUCAGGGGAGAAUCUAAUGGGGCCUACCCGCCACCGUACCCACUGCCUAUCCCCUGCAGUGCUACACCCUCAAUUUAGGAUGCCAAAUGUAUCAUGGGUUUGAGGACCAUCCUGUGUUUAUUGUGUAUUUCUGCUCUGAAGCUUAAUAAUUGCUGACCCGGG